GGUUGAAAUCAUGAACGAAUUGGAAGAAAAAUCUAAUGAAAGCUGGGCUUCAAAAGUGGUGGAUUAUAAGAAACAACAGGGGGGUAAGUAUGGAAGGUUACAUGGCGUCCUGUCGUAGGUCCGAAAAUAGAGACUGAUGCCUAUGAGAUUUGGUUAGCAUUAGAAAUCAUCGAGUGAAGCCAGAUUGGACACCUUAUGAAUUUAGCCUAACGCAUUAUUUUCAUAACGGAACGAGACUGGAAUGUAGAAUAGCUGAAGAAACCAAAACUACAGAGCGUCAGUUAUGGAGAGAACACACGAGAGGGUUAAACACUGAACUGAAAGCAGUUAGCUUUAAAAAUUUGCAACGGGGUACGGCAUAAGAACAUGAAUAUUUUAAAAAUUACUGGAUUUGGCAGCUAGUCCUCGAUGGUGUAGUGGAUAUGGAUAUAGACUGUAAAGCAAAUGACGCGGGCUCAAAGAAUUACACUGGUGUUUUUCUAUCUUAUUUUAGGGACUGUGCAAUAAUUAUCAGGAGGAGGGGGGGGGCUGAAAAACUAGAGUUAUCUAGCAAAAACUUAGACAGUACCCCCCCAAAACAAAAAAAAAAUUAGUUCUAACCCCCUCUGUUAUGUUAAAAAUAACAUCGCCCCCCUCUCUCUCUCCCACCACACUGGUAAACUCAAAACUGGACUGAGCUGCCAUCACAGCUUCAAUAAUGACAAACGUUAUUAUGUAACACCUAGUAUCGAGAAGGAUGUUGAUCGCUUGAUUGAAGAUUUAGACAAAGCAUUUGCUAAGUACCGGGGUGCUUACCACAUUGUCUCAAAAUCUAAAACUUCUAAAGCCAGAAAGAGAAAGGAGCAGAGAAAAAAAAUCAAAGAACAGGAGAUUGAAUGCUUCAAAUAACAGACGAAAAAGAGCUUGCAUUAUAUUUAGAUCCUUGGGAGGAGAGCCUGUUGAACUUUGUUAUGAACCAGAUAUAUAUGGAAUUCAGCAAAUCGAUUCAGUCGAUGAAGAAACAUUACUUUUAUUCACAUCAAAAACCGACAAAGCUUGUCUACGAGAUCUGUUUGAUUCCCAUUGUUUUAUGGGGGAAGGUGAAAAACAAGUUCAUGAUUUUUGCUUUACAUAGGAUCAGCUCAAUUAAUUAGAAGACGGGUUAAAAUUGAUCAGUUGUGAAUUUGCUUUUCAUUUUGAUGGAAUAUUUUCAAUAAUCGUUUAACAGCUGUUCGUAUUGAAAUUUGUUACAGUCUAUCAUGAUGCCUGUAUUAAGAAUCUUUUAUUGCGUUUAAUUUUAUUUACAUUCCGAAUAAAACUUGAGGUACCCCCUUCGUCAAAUAAGUGAUUUUACUUUGAGCCCCGCCUAUCUUGGCAGCAAUUUUAUGUAAUGCCCCCCCCUCCAGUUUUUCAGCCCCCCCUCCUGAUAAUUAUUGCACAGUCCCUUAUAUCACGCAGUUAAGUUGGACUUAAGUUGUUCUUUACGUAAUUUUACUGAAAGAAACAAUUUGACUUCAGCCCAUGUUACCUAAUGCUAACCAUGAGAUUUAGGUACAAGAUUAGGUAAACUGCUCUGGCUUUUAACUGUCUCGGAGAGCUGUACGUCCAAUAAGGGAUCUUCUCAUUGAGUACAGAGAUAUGUCUUAGGGAUCUAUCUUCCACAAACCCUCUCGAUGUAAAAUGUAAUAGCCUCCUUUUCUUUUUGUGUCUUCUGAAGGGUCGCACUUGAAUUACCCAGAAGGCACCGUACUGCUAGACACUAGGCUUCGUUAUGGGGUGCUGUCAUAUGACGUUGAUGAUCUGCAAAAAAUGGAGGAAAACUGGUACCCACCUCACGAAAUACUCCAAUCUCUUCAAAAACAAUACAAGUCAACACCCGAAGCACAAGUGCAAUUUGUAUUUCGUCAAAAUGGGCUUACUCAGCACGUUAAUAUCUUAAGGUAUCCUCUGUGGAAGUUUUGGAAAUGGCAUGCAGUGCACAUUAUUUUAAGCGGAAAUGGAGAGUCGUUAACCUGGCCACGGCUUUGCAAUAAUUAGAGACCUGUUGGUUUUUUGCAGUUGGUCAGGUUACUUUCAACAAGUUGAAAAUGUUAUUAAUGCUUUUGCAUUGUAUCGUCAAAAUUAUGAACAAUAAUAUCAGUCAUGCCCAGUCGACUCUCUGUUAACGGACACCUCUGUAACGCGGAUACCUCGGUAAAUAGGACCCCCAGAGUUGGUCCCUGGCUUUUUUAAAACUCCUUUAGCUUACUCUCUAUACAGGGUGUCCAAAAAGUUUGUUCCUCUACUUUAUAAGUCGUUAUAAAAUAACUAAGAUAGUACGCGCGCUCUGAUUGGCCGAGAGGCGUGUUUGCAAGACUGUAAACAUGGUUGUGACCUCGAGAUGUUUUGCUGUGCGUGCGGUAAUCACACAAGCACGAUUUUGAAAAAGGUUUUGAGUUGAAAAACUCGACAAGUUUACUCUAUUUACCCAUUUUAUCGUCGGCUAAAACUUGGAAAAUCUUUAGAAACAUGCUGUGUCAAUUUUUUUUCGCUUGAGCCGCUAAGACAGUGAACAAGUGAUCUAUUUCAGCUUGUGAAUAUUCCUCCUUUCUAAGGGUCCUUAAAACAUGGAGACAUUUGUUUGUUUUAAUUAAUUUGAGAUUAAUAUGCGCCAGAAACUUACAAAGUAAUACUCUGGAUCGUAAACCCCCAUUAAAACAAGACUACUGCAUUGAGAAAUGUCAAAUACGGGGUUAUAUUGAGAAUUGUUGCCUUUACUUCUGAAGAUCAGUCCUUUACAUUUUUCGGAUUGCAAGGCAUAUUGUUCUCUUUAGACCAUGUCAUGAAUUGUCCCACAAGGUUAGCAGACGGAUCAAAUUGAUUUAUUUACUAACAGGAGACACUAUUGUAGAGUCAUCAGCAUAUUUAAAUAGAGCAGGAGCCUUGUUAUAAGAAAUCUCUAGGUCAUUCAAAAAUAUUUUAAAUGGAUGAGGCCCGCUAAAACUUCCUUGGGUAGUUCUCUUGUUAACGACCUUCCAGUUACAGAGGUGAUCAGUGAUUAUAGAAAAUUCGCUGUUGCCUAGCAAACAAGAAGCUAUGGUACCAAUUAACGAUGUAAGGAUUUAGGGAAGCUGCUUAAGUUUAGCUGAUAAUUUGCCAUGAUUUAUGUAAUCAAACGCUUUGCUUAAGUCCAUUGUAAACAAAGGAACUGCAUUAGAGUCGCUGUCGUCUAGGUGUCUAUAUACAUGGUGUUGAAUAGCUAAUAGUGAACUUAAGCAAAGACGUUUUUGAGCGACGCACGUCAACCGGAAGUGGUUUUUUUCAUUUUUGGACAGUGGUUUUGCCCAUUUUUUAGGACAACUUGUCUCUAUAAUAGUUAAGACACUUAGAAAUACAAAUUUGGGAGCGUCAAGGUGCUUUAACAUGAAAAAGACCUCACUUCCGGUUGACUUGCGUCGCUCAAAAACGCCGUUGCUUAAGCUCCCUAAUAAGGCGUUUGUGCAGUUACCCCCUUGCCUGUGUGCAAAUUGGCUGGGGCUACGGCUCUUUUCUUCAACCGCUUUGACAUGAUUGUAGUAGACAACUUUUUCGAAUGUUCUUACGAACACGGAAGUGACGUUGAUGCCUCGGUUGUCAGGCGGAUGAUGUUCGCCCUCUUCCGAGAGUCCGGCCAGGUAUGAGUUAACAGCGACAAAUUCCAGACUUGGGUUAUAACCAGCGUUAAUAGUUAGGCAAAAUUCGGCAUAAUAAAAAACUUAACCACUGACUAACGCAAUAACUUUGCGACCAUUAAUGUAAAGAACUCAGAGAGAACAGUUCAUUGGCUAUUUAGAAUUAUUAGGAUUUUUAAAAAAUCAUACGACCUCCUGCUUUGAUGUCAGGCAUUGCUGUUUCAACGAAAUAAGUCGUUUAGGACUUGUUCUAUACCAAAGAUUUGAUUGCCAAAGGCACAGUGGCUCAAAAAUGCUGCAAACGUUAACUCUCGUGGGGAAGUUUUAACAGCCGGUCUGAAAGUGACAAUGUUGAGUGACCGUGUAAACAGGGGAGACUCUAUCCCUACAGUUCUCUACAUAGCAGGGCUCUGCCCAAAAGGGGCGCUAAACAUUUUUUUACACUGAAGUCAUAUGCAUGAGAUGGAUACCUUUUCUUCAUAAAAAUGGUAGAAUAAGAAAGUAAGGGGAUUACGUUUUCAAAGAAAUUGUGGUGUUGUGUCAUUCGGGGGGAAUGAUUUAAAAAUUAAGGAUUUUGAACUCAGGGCAAAGCCUCCUCAGGGACAGCAAGCACAAGCAUUAACGGUCUCUGAUUCGCUAGUUUAUCAUGCAUUUGCACACCACCGGAUUUACAACCCCGAUACAAAUACAACAUAGCCUUCCUCAAGUAGUAGCGGAGACCCAUAGCUAAGUAAAUCUACCCAUCCCAGAAAAUUUGGCAAUCACGUGACCGUACACUAAGCGAGCGAACGAGCGACCGUCCGGUUUUCUCUCUUUUUAAAGGUUUACCAAGGAUGCGGACUCCAGCGAAGCGGCCCAACGAAUCCACCGAAGGAAAACGGCCGUAAAUUGGCUCCAACCGAGAGCGAAUCAUAGGUCGCCAAUCUCUGGAACGUUUCCUGUCUGAAACCAUCGACAGAACCUUGGUUUGAACUCCGCGUUGCCGUUGAAAGAUAGCGACACGGCCUGAGACUCAAAUUACUCACAGUCGGGGUGGGAGACAGUCUCUUGCUCCCGUUGACAUAAAUACCCAAGGAGAAAGAAAACAACAAUUGACCUUGAAUCUUGGACUUCGCUCACACGGUUUUUCUUCUGAGCUCCCAGCCACGAAGAAAACAGUGAGGAAUUUCUCCAGGGCAAAUUUGCUAAAUUUGUCGCUCGAUCAUUUGACUUUUCUUCAAAACGACAACUGUGCAUUUUCGUCAACCUCCACUUUUCAUCUGUAUAUUUUAUCGGUGCGCGUUAAACCGCACAGGACUGGAGAUUUGCUGAAUUUGCCUCAAUUUUGACAAAUUUACCACGCUAGCUUUUCUUUGCGUGCACCAACGGCAAAUGGUAGAUGGCUGACUGACCAAUCAGAGCACGCGCUUUACUUUUGUUAUGUUAUAAAUAAACCUUGUAUGCUGUAGUUUUUGUUUAUUCUUACGUAUGCUUUCUGCCUCAAAUACGUGAAUUUAGAGUUCUCUUUUUUCUUUUUUGUGCCACUAAGACAUACUCUUCUCCUCUCUUAGGCGACUUUGAGUGAUUAAUUUCCUUGUCUCAAACCCUUACAGAAAAAAUGCAAGAUCUACGAGCAGCAAGCGUAUACAAACUCCUAUAUCAAGGCCAUUAAGAGAAGUACAGCAGCACGAACGAGAUUUAGAGAGGCAGCUCCAAGAGAUGCGGCAACGCGAAGAAAAUUUACAAAGGCAGUUGAGGGAGUUUGAGCAGAACUCGCAAAGACAGCACAGGGAGUUGCAGCAACGGGAAGGAAACCUUCAAAGGCAACUAAGGGAGACACAGCAACGCGAAGGAAACCUUCAAAGGCAACUAAGGGAGAUGCAGCAACGUGAAGACAACUCGCAAAGACAGCACAGGGAGAUGCAGCAACGCGAAGGAAGCCUUCAAAGGCAGCUGAGGGAGACACAGCAUCGUGAAGAAAACUCAAAAAGGCAGCUCAGAGAGAUACAGCAACGUGAAGAAAAUUUGCAAAGACAGUUGAGAGAAAAAGACCAGGAAGUAAAUGAACUAGAGUUAAGUCUUUCAUUAGCACAGCAAAGAAUAAGUGAACAUCGACGACAGGAAACAUGCGACUGGGUUAUUUCCCGUAAUGAAAUUCAGAUGACAGAGAAUAGCUUAGGGAGGGGAGGUUGGGGAAGUGUCAAUGAAGGCAUCUUCUGUGGCUGCACUGUGGCAGUGAAGCAAAUCCAUGACCUGAUUCUAUCCCGCCAUAACAGGCUUUUAUUUGAAAGAGAAAUGAAUAUUGCUUCAGCUUGCCGCCAUCCCUGUUUGCUACUGUUUAUUGGCGCCACAAAUGAUGAAGGAAGUCCGCUAUUUGUGACAGAGCUCAUGGAGAAAAGUUUGCGAGCUUUGUUUGAAGAGCGGUCGCUUUCCGAAACAGAAAUACGCGUCAUUUCUCUCGAUGUGGCUCGUGCUCUUAACUAUCUUCAUCAGAAGAAACCAUCACCAAUCAUUCACCGGGACGUCAGCAGUGCUAAUGUGUUGCUAUGGCGACAGGGCGACCAAUGGAGAGGCAAAGUGUCAUAUUAUGGCACUGCUAAUUUUAUGCAGCAGACCAUGACAGUGGCUCCUGGAGCUUCGAUUUACUGUGCACCUGAAGCACUUUCGUCAAAUCAGACUACUAAGGUUGGUAAUCGUUGGUUUCAGAUUUGAGUACUGCACGACGAUAUCGCAGAAGCACAAUUUGGUAGUCUUGGUUUAUUAUUGAUUAUACAAAUUCAAAUCAGUUUGGAACUUUUACUUUUACUCGGUCCUUUGGACAAAAUUUUAUCUCCGCGUAAAAAAGGAAAAUAGGCUGAUGCAUUUGCGUGAGGGAGAUGUCCCAGAAAAAAAAAAAAAAAAAAAAAAACCUUGGUUUGCAUAUAUCAUCAAACCAGGGGUACUUAUAAAAUCACCAGUGUUGUUAGGAUUGAAUCGACCUAGUGUUAUUUUCACGAGCGCUUGAUUUUCAUUUAGAACAGAGUAAAGCUAAUUACCAUUGAGACAACAAAAGUACUCAUUAUCUAUCGUUCCUUUUUAGGUCGACGUUUACAGCUUUGGUGUUCUGUUAUGCGAAAUGUGUAUCGGGGAACUUCCAGAUCCUGAAAGGCGUGACGAGCAAGUUCUUCUUGUGUCGAACCGUGCUUUAAGAGGCCUGGUACGGCGAUGCCUGCAGACCGAUCUUGAAGCGAGACCAACCAUGCAGGAGAUCAUCGAUGAACUAUCAAGCGCUGUGUAA